GGAGCUGGCCUUUCAUAUCGAACCGUUCGUCAACUGUCGACAUUGUUUUUCUGGUUCAUUAGUGACAAUUUUGAGACAUAAUUUGCGAUAUCGUGUUUUCCUGCUCUGCAACGUACUUCUCGGAUAACUCAGUGUCAAAAAACCGUAUCUUGUAUCGAAACUGUUUAGCCCAGCAAACAGACGCCCAGCAUGGAAGAAGGCAUAGAAGAUUGGGAAGAUAGAAUGUGUAAAGGAUUUCAGCAAACAGUCCAAGUACAAGACCAAGAAACUGGAGAAUGCUGGACAGUGGCAAAAGAUUCUGAUUGCACGGGAGUGUGUAGCGAUUCGAAGAUGAUUUGUACACGGAUAAUGGAAAGUGUUAGUAGCUGGAAGAUACCCAUAGAGUAUUCCUUGCUUGGCUCACAUUCAUCUUUUAAGGCAGAAAGUGUCCAACCCAUAUUUGCUACAGUGGAUGCAGACUCACUCACAAGUAAACCAAGCUGGAUUUGCGAAGAUGAUAAAUUCUCAGAUAAAACAGCAAUAAUAGCCACUCUGCCUUCACCUGGCAAAUUACCUGGUUUUUGCCGGAAACGAAGAUGUUCUGCAAGCUCUGGAGGAGCAAAAACUGAUUUGCCAGUCAAACCGGCCACAAAUCCUAUUGGAAAAAGUGCUCUAGAGCGCUUUCUUGAAGGGCGGGAGAGGUUAUUGUUUGUGGGGCGCCUCCUCUUCGCUUUCCUUGUGCUCCUCAGCCCGGGCUAUUUCUUCCCGCUCCUCUUCUUCAUCCGUACAUACUGCCACUACUGGAAGCACAGCACCGCUGAUCAAGAAGAAGAAAUCGUGGAAAGAACCUACAGCGGGCCCUUCAGUUUCUUCCAGAGCAAAACGUUUCUGAAAUACAGCUGUCGUGUUUGUCGAGAAAGGAUGAAAACAGAGCAGAUGUUCCGUAUUCAUUCGAAAAUCGGACCUAGUUCCUUCAAGAAAAACGCUGCAUUUCCAUUACCUGACGACUACGACUGCACACACAACCAUGAUGACUAUUAAGUAACCCAAGUUUUUAACCUUUGCGGUUUUACUAGUAUUUGUUGGCCAAGUUCUUAAAUACAAAUAUAUAUAUAUAUAAA